CCGGCGCGAGACGCGUUGUGGAUGGUCUAAUGCUCAUUUAUAUCCCUUCCCCACUUCUUCUCUCAUACACACACCGCACAUCACAAUUCUUCUCUCUCUGACUCCUCUCUUCAAAGCCACCCAAAUCUCUAAACCUCAGAUCUCAAUUUCUCCGCUUCCUCUCCCCAUUCUCCGCCCAGAUCUCCGCCGCAUUUCGCAGGUGUAGGCGGAAAUAGGGCGUAUACAAUCCCCAUUCAUUCUCAGCUGCUGCAGAUAGAUGUCUGGUGUGAGAUGAAGCAAAAGAAUCGCUGCAUUUUGUGGAGCGGUGUCGCGCUGCUGCUGCUGCUAGCUCUCUUCCUCUCCUCCGUUGAUGCUUCCGAAGUUCACAUCGGCAGCAAUGGCGGUCCUCUCAACGACGCACAAGUCCGCUACAUCGCGAAGCGCCAGCUGCUCUACUACUUAGACGAGUUCGGCGACAGAGGCGAGAACGUCACCGUCGAUCCGUCGCUCGUCUUCGAAAACCCUCGCCUCCGCGACGCCUACAUCGCGCUGCAGGCCUGGAAGAAGGCCAUUCUCUCAGAUCCCUACAAUCUCACCGCCGAUUGGGUUGGAUCUGACGUUUGCAGCUACUCCUACGUCUUCUGCGCCCCGGCGCUCGACAAUUCCUCAAUCCGCACCGUCGCUGGAAUCGAUCUCAACCACGGAGACAUCGCCGGCUAUUUGCCGGAGGAACUCGGCCUCCUCAGAGAUCUCGGCAUUUUCCAUAUCAAUUCCAACCGUUUUUGCGGAACGGUGCCGAAGAAGUUUAAGAACUUGAAGGUGCUGUUCGAGCUCGACCUGAGCAACAACAGGUUCGCCGGAAAGUUUCCGUAUGUUGUUCUAAGCUUGCCUAAGCUCAUAUAUUUGGAUAUUCGGUACAAUGAGUUUGAAGGAACGGUGCCGCCGCAGCUCUUCGACAAGCCAUUGGAUGCUAUCUUCAUCAAUCACAACAGGUUCGCUUUCGAAUUGCCGGAUAACUUUGGCAAUUCGCCGGUUUCCGUGAUUGUACUAGCCAACAACAAAUUCCACGGCUGUGUGCCGGCGAGCCUCGGCAACAUGACCAGGUUGAAUGAGAUUAUUUUGAUGAACAACGGGCUGAGGUCGUGCCUGCCGCCGGAGAUUGGGAUGCUGAAGAACUUGACGGUGCUUGACGUGAGCUACAACGGAAUCGUGGGGCUGUUGCCGGAAAGCAUUGGAGAUAUGUUGAGUUUGGAGCAGCUGAAUGUGGCUAACAAUAUUUUCACCGGCACUAUUCCGCAGAGCAUUUGCAAGCUGCCGAAGCUGGAGAAUUUCACCAUCACCAAUAACUUCUUCACCGGUGAGCCGCCUGUGUGCUUGGCCCUUCCCGAGUUUAAUGAUCGGCAGAAUUGUUUGGCUAACAGGCCCGCUCAGAGAUCAGCCGCUCAUUGUUCAGCUGUUUUGGCUAAGAAAUUUCACUGUGGUGCAUUCCGGUGUCAUCGGUUUAUCCCCACUCUUCCAGCUCCACCGCCUCCUUCACCUCCACCGCCGCCUCCUGUGUAUUCUCCCCCACCUCCAGUUUACUCUCCACCACCCCCUGUUUAUUCACCUCCACCACCAUCUCCCCCGCCGCCAUCACCUCCCCCACCUGUAUACUCGCCUCCACCACCACCACCUUCUCCACCUCCGCCAUCACCACCGCCUUCUCCACCUCCCCCUCCCCCUCCUGUAUACUCACCCCCACCUCCACCUCCAUCCCCUCCACCACCAUCGCCUCCCCCACCACCACCUCCAUCUCCUCCCCCUCCGUCGCCUCCACCACCUCCUCCACCUCCAUCGCCUUCACCACCUCCUCCAUCUCCUCCGCCUCCAUCGCCUUCACCACCUCCCCCAUCUCCUCCCCCUCCUUCACCAGAGCCUUAUCCUCCAUGUAUUCGAUCACCACCACCACCACCACCGCCUCCUCCAGGCCAUCCACCACCUCCUCCACCAGCCCACUCACCUCCUCCACCUACUCCCUAUUAUUACUACUCACCUCCCCCACCAUCUCACUCGCCCCCUCCACCAUCUCACUCACCUCCUCCACCGCCUCAUUCCCCCCCUCCACCGCAUUCUCCCCCUCCACCGCAUUCUCCCCCUCCACCCCCACACUCACCACCUCCGCCCUCUCACUCACCACCUCCCCCAACCUUCUCUCCACCACCUCCCCAGCCUUGUAUAGAACCACCACCCCCGCCCCCGCCCCCAUGUCAAGAACCCCCACCACCUCCACCCUCACCCUCACCCCCUCCGCCUUACGUCCACAAGCCACCACCAUCACCAUCACCCCCACCAGCCCCAUACAUCUACAGUUCACCUCCUCCGCCUCCAACACCAGUCUAUGAAGGGCCGUUGCCUCCGAUCACCGGAGUCUCAUACGCCUCCCCUCCUCCACCCCCCUUCUAUUGAUUUUUUUUUGCCCUAAACCAUUUCCAGAGAAAGAAAAAGAAACAGGUAUCUACAUGUUUUAAUUAGUUGUCUUUACGUCUCAGCGCUUACCAUUGUCCCUUGGCAUACAUGAUUCUCUCAUCACUGGAUGAGCGGAAAAAAAGAAUUCCGAAACAGAAAGAGGGAUAGAGAGAGUGAUCCAAUUAGGUAUUGGAUGAGAGCAUUUGUGCCUGGUAUAAUGUAUUGAUUUAUUUUAGUUGCCCUUGUGGAAGAAGCAAGAUGAGUGGGUGACCAAGAAGAGAGACAUGAAUUAAGAGCUCAAAUUUUUAUAUAUAUAUAUCUUUCGAAUUUAUUGUGAUGGAUCAUGAAUUUUAAGUUGUGAAAUAAAGUAGGAAUAUUGCAGGGAGGUGUAUGUAUAUCAUAAUCAGGAACUAGAACUGUUGUUGUUCUAGCCCUAGUUUGCUGCCUUUCAUUUUUAUUUAUCAUACAUUUUUUUCUUCCUUUUUCCCCAGUUUAUAGAAUAAUAAAUCUUCAUUUAACAUUGGUAUUCAAUACAUCAGUUUUUCCCAGAAA